CCUCCGCGAGGUCGGAAGUGGUGAGGCAGCUCCGGGGGCCGUUGUUCAGUGCGGGGGCCGAGAGAGGCGGCUCUGUGCGUCCGUGGCUAGCGGGUCCGCUGCAAGUCCUUGCUCUCGUCUCGGUUUUCAGGAAGAGCUAAAGAUGGCUGAAUUUCUAGAUGACCAGGACACUCAACUGUGUGACAACUGCAAGAAAGAAAUUCCUGUGUUUAAUUUUACCAUCCAUGAGAUCCACUGUCAAAGGAACAUUGGUAUGUGUCCUAUCUGCAAGGAACCGUUUCCCAAAUCUGACAUGGAGAGUCACAUGGAUACAGAACAUUGUCAGGUGACCUGCAAAUGUAAUAAGAAGUUGGAGAAGAGGCAAUUAAAGAAGCAUGAGGAAACUGAGUGUCCUUUACGGCUUGCCCUUUGCCAGCACUGUGAUUUGGAACUUUCUGUUCUCAAACUGAAGGACCAUGAAGAUUACUGUGGUGCCCGGACGGAGUUAUGUGGCAGUUGUGGGCGCAAUGUCCUGGUGAAAGAUCUGAAGACUCAUCCUGAAGUUUGUGGGAGAGACGGAGAGGAAAAAAGAGAUGAGGUUGCCAUGCCUCCUAAUGCAUAUGAUGAGUCUUGGGGUCAAGAUGGAAUCUGGAUUGCAUCCCAGCUCCUCAGACAAAUUGAGGCUCUGGACCCACCUAUGAGGCUACCCCGAAGACCGCUGAGAGCCUUUGACUUGGACCUUUUCCAUAGCAGGACUACCAACCAAAGGAACAUGACAGCCCAUUUUCCAAUUCAGAAUAAUCUGUUGGAAGAACAAGAAAGGCAGGAAAGGAAUAGAACCCGGCAGCCCCCAAAAGAGGGUGGUGAAGAUAGUGCAAACCUGGACUUCAUGUUGGCCCUAAGUCUGCAAAAUGAAGGGCAGGCCCACAGCAUGGCUGAGCAGGACUUCUGGAGGGCUGUAUGUGGUGCAGACCAGUCCCUUGAAGGUCCCAAUGCUCUGAAUGACAUAAAGGGUACGGCUGACCGGACCAUGUUGCCUUGUGAAUUCUGUGAGGAGCUCUACCCAGAGGAACUGCUGAUUGACCAUCAGACAAGCUGUAACCCUUCCUGUGCCUUACCUUCACUCAGUAUGGGCAGCACUCCCCCCAACGAGGUGGAGGACCCUGAUGUCAUCUUCCAAAAGUUUUUGCAGCAGGCUGCAAGUAACCAGUUAGACUCUUUGAUGGGCCUGAGCAAUUCACCCCCUGUAGAGGAUAGCGUCAUCAUCCCGUGUGAAUUCUGUGGGGUACAGCUGGAGGAGGAGGUGCUGUUCCAUCACCAGGACCAGUGUGACCAACGUCCAGCCACAGCAAACAACCAUGUGACGGAGGGGAUUCCUAGACAGGAUUUCCAGCAUCCAGAGACUUCACCAGAGCUGCCCAAGAGGCGUGUCAGACACCAGGGAGAUCUGUCUUCUGGUUACAUGGAUGAUAUCAAGCAGGAAAUGGCUAAAGGGCCCACCUACCCUCUUCCCCCCAGCAGACCCAUUAACAAUAUGACAGCUACCUGUAACCGACUGUCAACAUCCACAUCAAGCCCCAGACCUGGGUGCCAGCCCAGUCCUCCUCGCAUACUGAAGCUCAACAACUUAGACAGCCAAGACAGCCGGGGGCGGAAUCGAAACAGCCAUAACUCGGCCAUGGCCACUGGACAUGCUCCAGUGAUUCACCCGGUGCGAAAUCUCUACCCAGAAAACCUCGUACCCUCCUUCCCCCGUGGGCCUUCCGGGAGAUACGGAGCAAGUGGUAGGAGUGAGGGUGGCAGGAACUCGCGGGUCACCUCCACAGCCGCCAACUACCGCAACAGAACUGCAAAGGCAAAAACCCCCAAGCAGCAGGGAGCUGGGGAUGCAGAGGAGGAAGAAGAGGAGGAGUAAUGGCGUCGGCAAAGAACCUGCACGUUGGUUCCAUCUUCUCUGCACAGCAGCACUUGCCGCCGUUCAGGCCCCACCUCUUGGGCUCUAUGGGCAGGGGAGAUUUUACAGAUUUUAACUUUUUCUAGGUUAUGGCCAUUUUGUGUCUUUUGAGAUUGUGCUGUGGGAGUUUGAAGGUUUGGGGGAGGGUUAGCAGGGAGGCUGUUGAGAAAUGUUUCAGCUUUAGCUGCUGCCUGCCUUUUGGCCUCACAGAAAUACACCGUAUGGCCUCUCAGCCCACCAGGGCUCCAUCUUUUGACAUACUAUUACCACUGCUUCUUGGUGCUGUAUGGUCCUGGUGGAAAGAGGAGAGAAAAGGUUCUGGAAACCUGGUACUCACCAGUGGAGUGAUUCUCUUCCCUGCUGGGGCCUCGAUCUGGGAACUUUUAGGUAACCUCUCCUGUGUACUGGCCCUCCACACUCCAGAAUUUGGGCCUCUGGUAUGUAUGGAGGCACUUGGUAGAGUGUUCAGGCCAGUUGCAAUAUGUUAGGAACAAGGCUUUUGGAGAUGAGUUGAGCUAGAGGUGAGCGCACUAGAGGCUUUGUUUUAAUCUGCUUCUUCGGCAUUUGGCACAACUGCCUUCUGUUUCUGGUGGGGAGCACGGCUCCUUUUUCUUUACUGCCUUCGGCUGGAGAAGGCUGGGGGCUCCCUCUUGCCACCAGGGCCAUGCUGGGCUCUGCCGGGAUCAGGCCUGAGGCCUAAGCUCCGUGGCUUGCUCUGAAAACCAAGUAUCAGAGCCUCCUCCCCUCUUUUUAUUUUACUACUACCACCACUACUACUACUAUUAUUAACAUCCUUGUAAUAGAAAUAAAGUUUGUACUUGGAGUUCAGUGGAGUCUUGUGGUUCCUUCUCCUUUGCCCUCUGUAGAGACCUGAGGGAAGACAGAGUAGGCGAGAGUCGGCCCUGAGUAUGGGGAAAGGUGAGCAGGACUAGGCUUUCUCUGUGCUUCUUGGAGCCCUAGCAGUUCUAGCAUAAGCUGCUUCUCAGUGCCAGACAUUCAUUAUAUAGUUUUCUAUUGGAUUUCAAAGAAACUGGCAGUUUCUGAAGCUCUGGUUGUGAUUUGGCAUGGGGGCGGAGUUGCCUCCAACUGAAUCGAGAAAGGCAGAUUCCUUAAAAGCCUCUUUUCUCAUAGCGGUUGAGUCUUAGUAGAAUUAUUCAUUACCCUUCAGCACCUCACAGUUUGCAUAGGACCUCAGGUCAUUUUGAGCUCCUUUGUUUUUCCCCUCACAACCUAGUGGGGGUGGGGAAAGAGGGAAAAAUUGUCCCUUUUCAUAGGUAAAAAGGAGUGACCUGCAUAAGGCUAUGCAGAUAAUUCACAGCAGUGCUAGGACUCAAAUCCAGGUCUGAGCUAUUCUGAGAGAAACAAGCUAGAUUAGAAAAAAGAAUAUAUAACUAUAGGGAUUUUUUUGUAUAUUAUAUGUCAGUUAAAAUCAGUCCCAUUAGCUCAGAGACCUUCUUGUGUCAGGUGAAAGAAGCUGGAAAGACUGAGAGACUUGUACCAUUUCUGGCAUGAUUGAAAAUCCCCCUGGAGGGGGUGGGUGGUACCUGAGUAACUCCGUCGGUUAAGUGUCCAACUUUGGCUCAGGUCACGAUCUCAUGGUUUGUGAGUUUGAGUCCCGCAUCAGGCUCUGUGCUGACAUCUCAGAGCCUGGAGCCUCCUUCGGAUUCUGUGUCUCCCUCUCUCUCUCUGUCCCUCCCUGGCUUGUAAGUGCUUGCACGUGCACUCUCUCCCUUUCUAAAAAAAUAAACAUUAAAAAAAAUAGAAAAAAAUUCUCUUUCCCCCCCCCCCCCCCGGCUGCCCAUCUCCUUCUCGUGUUCUCUCUUUCUCUCUCAAAUUAAAAAAAAAAAAAAAAAAAGUCACAAACACUCAUACCUUCUACUCCCAUUCAACAUCUCCAGGCUUUCACCUUGUUUCUACUCACUCACUGUCUGUGGGCAACCAAUCUUACUAGUUUCUGUUUUAUUCACUUUUCUCCCCCUAAACUGUCUUCUUGUUUCUUUUUGCCAAAAUAACCAAACACAUGUGUAUGUUCUUCUUUUUUUUCUCUUACACCAGAGGUAGCAUAUUAUACUCUUGAACUUUGAUUUUUUCACUUAAUAACAUAUUCUCAAGAUUACCUCUUUGUAUAUAUGUCAGUUAUGGCUCAAUUUAAAAAAUCGCUUCAUUGUGUGGAUGUACUGUGUUUUAUUCUAUGUAUGUUGCUUAGGUUGUUUUCAAAAUCUUAUUAUUAAAAAUGUUUCAGUGAAUAAAUUUGUUUCCUUAUUUGUGAUAAGCAGAAUUUUAAGUUGGCCCUGAAGAAUUCCUGGUGUACAUGGUAUAUAUGUAAUGUUCAUUUACAUGGUGUACAUGUAAUUCCUUACCCUUGGGUGUUGGCAGGACUGUGACUAUGAUUGAUAUAGUAUGACAAAACCAUGAAGGUGUAAAUAAAGCCUCAAAUCAGUUGGCUCUGAAUGAAUAAAGGAUCAUUUUGAGUGGGCCUGACCUAAUCAGAUGAGCCCUUAAAAAGGGACUGUGAGAAAUAGACCAAUUUCUUAAAAACCGUAAAUAAGUAUGAUACAGUUUAUCAGUUUUAACAGAUAUAGCUAUUCAGGUUUUCUGUUUCUUCUUGAGUGAACUUUGGUAUUGUCUUUCAAAGAAUUUGUCCAUUUCAGUAAGUUAAUUUAUUGGCAUAAAGGUGUUCAUAAUAUAACCUUAUUUGAAAAUAUCUGUAAAAUCUGUAGUGAUGUCACUUCUCUCAUUUUUUGAUGUUGAUCAUUUGUUUUCUCUUUUCCCGAUCUGUUUGGCUAGAGCAGAGAUCCUCAAACUUUUUCUUUCUUAAAAGGCCAAAUAGUCAAUAUUUAGGCCAUAUAGUCCGAAUUGCAGUUACUCAGCAAUGCUGUUAGAGAGUAAACACAGCUCUAUGGGUGAGGCUUCCAGUGAGACUUUAUUUACAAAAACAAGCAGCUGGAUUAUGAGCCAUAGCAUGGCAACCCUGGGUUAGAGAUUUAUCAGUUAUAUUGAUCUCAAAAAAUCAACUUGGGUUCCGUUGAUUCUCUUUACUGGUUUUCUGUUUCCGUUUCAUUGUUUUCCAUUCUGAUCUUUUGUUUUUUCUUCGAUUCUGAUCUUUAUUUGCUUUCUUCUGCUUACUUGGAGCUUCUUUCUUGUUUAGUUUAAGGUCAAAGCUGAGAUCAUUCAUUUGAGACCUUUCUUUUUUUGUAAUAUAAGUGUUUGGUGCUAUAAAUUUCCCUAAGAACUGCUUUACCUGCAUUUCAUAUACUUUGGUGUCUUUUUGUUUUCAUCCAGUUCAGAAUACAUUGAUUUCUUUAUCCUCUGGGCUAUUAGUUUAUACUAUUUGGAUAUUUUCCAGAUUUUUUAAAAUUUUAUUUAUUUUGAGAGAGAGAGUGUAAACACACACGAUUGGGUGAGGGGCAGAGAGAGAAUCCGAAGCAGGCUCUGCACUGUGAGCAUGGAGCCUGAUGUGGGGCUUGGGGCUCAAACUCACAAACCCUGAUAUCAUGAGCUGAAAUCAAGAGUUAGACACUUACGGCCAACUAAACUUUGACAAAGCAGGAAAGAAUAUCCAAUGGAAUAAAGACAGUCUCUUCAGCAAAUGGUGUUGGAAAACUGGACAGUGACAUGCAGAAAAAUGAACCUGGACCACUGUCUUAAACCAUACACAAAAAUAAAAUGGAUGAAAGACCUAAAUGUAAGACAGGAAGCCAUCAAAAUCCUAGAGGAGAAGGCAGGCAAAAACCUCUUUGACCUCAGCCACAGCAACUUCUUACUCAACACGUCUCCAGAGGCAAGGGAAACAAAAGCAAAAAUGAACUGCUGGGACCUCAUCAACAUAAAAAGCUUCCGCACAGUGAAGGAAACAGCAAAACGAAAAGGCAACCAACAGAAUGAGAGAAGAUAUUUGCAAACGACAUAUCAGGUAAAGGGUUAGUAUCCAAAAUCUGUAAAGAACUUAUCAAACUCAACACCCAAAAAACAAAUAAUCCAGUGAAGAAAUGGGCAAAAGACAUGAAUGGACAAUUCUCCAAAGAAAACAUCCAGAUGGCUAACAGACACAUGAAAAAAUGCUCAACAUCAUUCAUUCAUCAUCAGGGAAAUACAAAUAGAAACCACAAUGAGAUACCACUUUACCUGUCAGAAUGGCUAAAAUGAACAACAUAGGCAAUGACAGAUGUUGGUGAGAAUGCAGAGAAAGAGGAUCUCUUUUGCACUGCUGGUGGGAAUGCAAAGUGGUGCAGCCACUCUGGAAAACAGUAUGGAGUUUUCUCAAAAAAUUAAAAAUUGAUCUAGCCUACAACCCAGCAAUUGCACUACUAGGUACUUAUCCAUACAGGUGUGCUGUUUCAAAAGGGCACGUGCUCCCUAAUAUUUAUAGUAGUGCUGUCGACAAUAGCCAAAGUAUGGAAAGAGUCCAAAUGUCCAUCGACAGAUGAAUGGAUAAAGAAGAUGUGGUACACACGCAUGCACACACACGCACACACGAGUAUUACUUGGCAACCAAAAAGAGUGAAAUCUUGCCAUCUGCAACAACAUAGAUGGAACUAGAGUGUAUUAUGCUAAGUGAAAUUAGAGAAAGACAAUAUAUGAUUUCACUCAUGUGGAAUUUCAGAUUCAAAACAUGGGGUGCCUGGGUGGCUCAGUUGGUUCAGUGGCCAACUUCGGCUCAGGUCAUGAUCUCACUGGUUUGUGAGUUUGAGUUUGUCAGGCUCUUUGCUGCUAGCUUUGAGCCUGCAGCCUGCUUCGGAUUCUGUGUCUCCCUCUCUCUCUGCCCCUCCCUCACUUACACACUCUCUCUCAAAAAUAAACAUUAAAUAAUUUUUUAAAGAUUCAAAACAGAUGAACAUAAGAGAAGCAAAAAUAAUAAAAAACAGGGAGGGGAACAAGACACAAGAGACUCUUAAAUAUAGAGAACAAACUGAGGGUUGCUGGAGGGGUUAUGGGUGGGGGGAUGGGCUAAGUGGGCAAGGGGCGUUAAGGAGGAGACUCGGGAUAAGCACUGGGUGUUAUAUGUAGGGGAUGAAUCAUUGGAUUUUACUCUUGAAAUCAUUAUUGUGCUAUAUGCUAACUAACUUGUUUGUAAAUUUAAAAAUUAAAAAAAAAGUUGGACACUUAACUGACUGAGCCACCCAGGCACUCUAGAUUUUUUUUUUCAAGAUGUCAAAAUUGAGUGUUUUAAUUCAUAGUGGUAAUUAUAUGUUUACCUUAUUAUUUUUUAAUAUUAAAUUUAUUGUCACAUUGGUUUCCAUACAACACCCAAUGCUCAUCCCAAAAGGUGCCCUCCUCAAUACCCAUCACCCACCUUCCCCUCCCUCCCACCCUUGUUUUUGUUUUUUUUAAGUUUAAUCUUUACAUCCAAUGUGGGGCUUGAACUCACAACCCUGGGAUCAAGAAUCACAUGCUCUUAUGACUGAGCCAGCCAGCUGCCCCCAGAUUUGUUAUUGAUUACUAAUUUUCUAGUGGUCAGAGAACAUAAUUUGUAUGAACUGAAUCUCUUCAAAUUUAUUGAGGUUUGUUUUAUCCUUAGAAUAUUCUCCAGGCCAUAAAUGUCCUGUAUGUACUUGAAAAGAAUGUGCAUUGUAUUUUGGUUAGAUGGAAUAUUAUAUAAAUGACAGGUAGGUCAAAUUGGUUGGUAGUGUUGUUCAAGCUUUUAUAUUACUGAUAUUCUGUUUGCUUGUUCUCUUAAUUAUUGGGGGAUGGGGGAUAGUUCUUUUUGAAAUCUGUAUUGUAAUUGAAGAUUAUUUUUCCUUAUGAUUCUGUAAUUGCUUCAUUCUUUUGAAGCCUUGUUAUUAGAUGUAUAAAUGCCUAAGAUAGUUAUGUUCUUGUUUGGCUUUUUUAUUACUAUGAAAUGACCUUCUUUGUAAUAUUUGCUCUGAGAUACACUUUGAUAUUAAGAUAGCAAUAUUAACAUUCUUCAGCUUUCUGCUGAUUUGUGUUGGCAUAGUAUAUCUUUUUCCAUCCUUUUACUUUUAUCCUAUUUUUGUUUACAUAUUUAAAGUGGGUUUCUCAGAGGCAGCAUAUAGUUGGGGUUUUUGUUUUUGAGCCAGUCUGAGGAGUUUGUCUUUUAAUUUGGGUGUGUCAACCAUUUACAUUUAAUGUAAUUAUUGAUAUGGUUGGGUUUAGAAUACUUUUUUUUCUUUUAACUGGUCUCCACACCCAAUGUGGCUUGAACUCAAGACCCUGAGAUUAAGAGUCACAUGCUACCGACUGAGCCAGCCGGAUGCCCUGAUAGUUGAGUUUAAAUAAAUCUUUUUGCUAUUUA